UUCCCCCUCAGUCUCGCCAUCGGAACCGGGAGGUUUAUUCCUUCGCAUUCUUCGUCCGUCCCGUGUGUGCUCAGUGAUGGGCUAGUGAGAAAGACAAAGCCCGGCGGACCUGUCUACACUUCUUACAUGUUGUUUGCCAAUUUAUGAUUGAACUCCUUUAUUUUAAUACACUUUGCUGCCAUGUUGCGCGUUUUGGUGGAAUCGGCUAAAGGUUUGCCCAAGAAGAAGAUCGGAAGUCCUGACCCGAUCACAAGUGUGACUUUUAAAGAUGAAAAGAAAAAGACUAAAGCCAUUGACAACGAGCUGAAUCCCGUAUGGAAUGAGGUGCUGGAGUUCGACCUGAAGGGCUCGGCCCUGGACUCCGGCUCUUUCAUAGACGUGGUUGUGAAAGACUACGAAACCAUCGGGAAGGACAAAUUAAUUGGCUCAACCAAAAUCUCUUUGAAGGACCUGGCCUCAGGUCAGCUCCGAUCUCUGCCUUCCAAAAAUGUGCCUCUGGCCAACGAAAGUGGACAGAACACUGGAGCCACAAUAAACCUCGUGAUCGGCUACGAUCCUCCAGCCAACGCUGCUCCCAGCCCCAACGACCCGCAGGCCGGAGGCGCCGCCGUGGACGGCGGUGGCGGCGGCGGCGAUGAGACGCUGCCUGAUGGAGGCCCGAGUGGUGCGCCGGGUCCCUCCACCCCCGGCCAGCCGGUUAAUCUCCGCCAGAGCCUGGCCAGGUCCCAGAACCGCUCCAGACUGGCCAACAAGCCCCAGGACUUCCAAAUCCGUGUCCGCGUCAUCGAGGCCCGUCAGUUGCCCGGCAACAACAUCAAACCGGUGGUGAAGGUCAACGUGGCCGGACAGACGCACAGGACGAGGAUCAGGAGAGGAAACAACCCCUUCUUCGAUGAGAUGUUCUUCUAUAACGUCCACAUGCUGCCGUCAGAGCUGUUUGAUGAGAACAUUAGCUUUCGGGUGUACGACUCCUACUCGCUGAGGGCGGACAGUCUGAUGGGCGAAUUCAAACUGGACACGGGAUAUGUUUAUGAUGAGCCAGCUCACUGUGUCCUGAGGAAGUGGCUUCUGUUGAACGAUCCCGAUGACUCCAGCUCUGGGGCUAAAGGGUACCUCAAAGUCAGCCUCUUCAUCGUGGGGACCGGCGACGAGCCUCCGAUGGAGAACAGGGAUUCCAACGACGACCAGGACGACAUAGAGAGUAAUCUGCUGCUGCCAGCGGGCGUGACGCUGCGAUGGGCCACCUUGUCCCUGAAGGUCUUCAGAGCGGAAGAUGUCCCACAAAUGGAUGAUGCGUUUGUCCAGAGUGUGAAGGAACUGUUUGGAUCAGAGGAAAACAGGAAGAAUCUGGUGGAUCCUUUUGUAGAAGCCAGCUUCGCAGGCAAAAAGCUGUGCACUACGAUCAUGGAGAAGAAUGCAAACCCUGAGUGGAACCAAAUACUAAGGCUCCAAGUGAAGUUCCCCUCCAUGUGUGAGUGCAUCAAGCUGACCGUCUUCGACUGGGAUCGUCUGACAGCUAAUGAUGCUGUUGGCACCACGUACCUGAACCUGUCCAGGAUUGCCUCCUCUGGUGGAGAGGUCGAAGCCACCACGGGGGAGUCCGAGGUGGGCUUCCUCCCCGUCUUCGGGCCCUGCUACAUCAACCUCUACGGCAGCCCCAGGGAGUUUACCGGCCUUCCAGACCCCUACGACGAUCUCAACUAUGGCAAGGGAGAGGGAGUGGCGUACAGGGGCAGGGUCCUGGUUCAGCUGGACACCAAGCUGGAUGGGAAGGUGGACAAAGCGGUGGAGAGCAUCAGCAGCGAUGACAUCCUGGUGGCACAGAAGUACCAGAGGAGGAGGAAGUACUGUCUGUGCGCUGUCUUCUACAGCGCCUCCAUGAUUCGGCAGCCUGGAGAGCCAAUCCAGUUUGAGGUCAGCAUCGGUAACUAUGGCAACAAGCUGGAUAACACCUGCAAACCGUUGGCAUCCACCACUCAGUACAGCUGUGCUGUGUUUGAUGGGAACCACUACUACUACCUGCCCUGGGCUGACAAUAAGCCGGUGGUUGUGGUGAAUUCGUUCUGGGAGGACAUCAGCCACCGCCUAGAUGCAGUCAACAUCAUCCUCUACAUCACACAACAUCUGCAAUCCAACCUGGAGGCAUUUAGGACCGCCAUCUUGGCUAAAGUCUCCGACAACCAGCUAGCUGAGGUGUGGCUGAAGUUGCUCAAUCAGCUGAUUGAAGACAUAGAAAGCUUCCCCACGCCUCAGCUGGAGGGCCACGACAAUCUGACAACGCUGGACCUCCAGCUCAAGAAUCUGCGCGACACUUCUCUGGCCACCAUCAAGGAGGCAGCCCGGCGCAUGCGAGAGGAGGCCCCGGAGAUCAGCGAGACGCUGUCUGAUAUUGAAGCCUGGGAAGACAAACUGAAACAGCUGACUGUGGAGCCCCAGAACAGCAUGCCUGACGUUAUCAUCUGGAUGCUGCGGGGGGAGAAGAGGGUCGCCUACGGCCGCAUCCCCGCUCACGAGAUCCUGUUCUCCACCCACAGUGAGCAGGCCUGUGGUCAACACUGUGGCAAGACUCAGACGGUCUUUUUAAAGUACCCCAUGGAUAAAAACAAGGGCUUAAAGGUGCCAGUUCAGGUUAGAGUCAACAUGUGGCUGGGUCUCUCUGCACAUGAGAAAAAGUUCAACUCCUUCUCUGAGGGCAACUUCAGCGUGUUCGCUGAGUUGUACGAGAACCAGGCCAAGAUGUUCGGGAAGUACGGGACAACAGGCCUGGUGGGUCGCCACAAAUACUCCGAUGUGACGGGCAAGCUGAAGCUGAAGCAGGAGUACUUCCUGCCCCCCAGAGGGUGGGAGUGGGAGGGCGACUGGUUCGUCGACCCAGAGAAAGGUCUGCUCACAGAAGCGGAUGCGGGGCACACCGAGUUCAUGGACGAAGUCUACCAGAAUGAGACCCGCUUCCCUGGCGGGGAGUGGAAGCCUGCGUCUGAGCCGUACACCGACGUGAACGGGGAGAAAAGCCGCAGCCCUACAGAGUUCGAUUGUCCUCUAGGUUGGACCUGGGAAGACGAGUGGACCGUGGACGUCAACAGAGCCGUGGAUGAUCAAGGCUGGGAGUAUGGAGUGACCAUACCCCCCAACGACAAACCCCAAGCCUGGGUCCCUGCAGAGAAGGUUUACCACGUCCACCGCAGGAGAAGGGUGGUUCGACCGCGCAAGAGAAGCGCUGUCCCUGCAGGGACCCCUGUGGAGAGGCGGAUUCAAGGUGACCCUGAGGGAUGGGAGUUCUCCUCACUGAUCGGCUGGAAGUUCCACAGAAUGGAACGCUCAUCCGACACGUUCCGUCGAAGGCGCUGGAGGCGGAAGAUGGCGCCAGGAGACCGGCUGGGGUCCUGCGCCAUUUUUCAGCUAGAAGGGGCAUUGGUAGGAAUUCCAGCAAGAUCACUUCCUGUUUUAAUACGUCUCUCAAUAUGGAGGCAUUUAAGAUGUGAUCGGUUUACCUUGCAGGGUGUUGAUACUGAGGAGAAGGAGAAAGGCUCAAAGGAAGAUUCCACCAAGCUGUUUGGUGCCAACACUCCCACUGUGUCGUGUACUUUUACCAAGUCUUUCAGGUACCAUCUUCGUGUCUACAUCUAUCAGGCGCGUAAUAUGAUUGCUAUGGACAAUGAUAGUUUUUCUGAUCCUUACGCCCACGUCUCCUUCCUGCACGUGAGCAAGACAACAGAGACGCUGCGGGCGACGCUGAACCCGACCUGGGACCAGACCCUGAUCUUCAAUGACAUCGAGAUCUACGGGGAGCCGCAGCAGGUUGCGAACCGACCCCCCAAAGUCGUGGUGGAGUUCUACGACAGUGACCAAGUGGGAAAGGAUGAGCUGCUGGGCCGCACUGUUUACAGCCCACUGGUGAAGUUGACCCCAGGCACAGACGGGACGCCUAAACUACUGUGGCAUCCCAUCCUCCAAAAGGGUCACAAGGCCGGCGAGGCUCUGGUGGCUGCUGAACUCAUCCUUAAAGACAAGUCGGGUAAGACUGACCUUCCCCUAAGUCCCCCAAAGAGAGCGGAGAACCUCUACAUGGUUCCCCAGGGCAUCCGGCCCGUGGUGCAGCUCACUGCCGUGGAGAUUCUAGCCUGGGGCUUGAGGAACAUGAAGCCGUACCAGCUGGCUGCAGUAACGUCCCCCAGCCUGGUGGUGGAGUGUGGAGGGCAGAGGGUGGAGUCUGUCGUCAUCAAGAACAUGAAAAAGAGCCCCAACUUUCCCAGCUCCGUCCUCUUCAUCCGAGUGCUGCUUCCUAAGGAGGAAAUGUACACGCCUCCUAUUGUGCUGAAGGUGAUCGACCAUCGUCCGUUCGGCAGGAAGCCUGUGGUUGGCCAGUGCACCAUCGCCUCUCUAGAGGAGUUCAGAUGCGACCCAUACGUCAUCACCGCAGAGGGGGCGAUGUCUUCAAAGAUGGCUCUGAUGAUGGCGUCUCCCGUCAAACACGUCUCUAUAACCAUGGAGGAGUCCAGACCCCUGCUAGAAGCCAAAUUCAUGUACAGCAUGUCAGCUGCUGUCACCAAAAUGGCCACGCCUGCCUCCUUCUUUCAUGUAGAAAAGGAAAAAGAGACUAUUGACUGGUGGAGCAAAUUCUAUGCUUCGACUGGAGACCUGCAGAAAUGCGGUCCUUACCUGAAGAAAGGAUACGACACCCUCAAAGUUUAUGACUGCGAACUGGAGGACGUCGCAGACUUCAAAGGCCUGACCGAUUUCUGCCACACCUUUAAACUAUUCGGAGGCAAGAAUAUAAACGGCGACGAUGACCCGACUGUGGUUGGAGAGUUCAAGGGUUCGUUCAAGGUGUACCCUCUGCCUGACGACCCGGGGGUCCCUGCUCCUCCGCAGCAGUUCAGAGAGCUGCCAGACAGCGGACCCCAGGAGUGUCUGGUCAGGAUUUAUGUGGUCCGGGGCAUAGACCUGCAGCCCAAAGACAACAACGGCAAAUGUGAUCCGUACAUAAAGAUAACCCUGGGCAAGAAUACGAUCGAUGACAGAGAUCACUACAUACCCAACACCCUUGAUCCUUUGUUUGGAAGGAUGUUUGAGAUGACGUGUUUCCUGCCCCAGGACAAGGACCUAAAGAUUUCUGUCUAUGACUUUGACCUCCUCACCCGUGAUGAAAAGGUCGGCGACACGGUGAUUGACCUGGAGAACCGCAUGCUGUCACGCUACAACUCCUACUGUGGCCUUCCACAGACAUACUGCAUUUCUGGCGUCAAUCAGUGGCGGGACCAGCUCAAACCAUCUCAAAUCCUAGAGACCUUGGCCCGUCUAAAAGGCCUCUCCAAGCCCAAGAGUGAAGAUAAUGGCACAUCGCUCACAUUUAAUGGCACAGAGUACACGCUGGCUCAGUUCGAGGACAACAAGGAAAUCCAUCAGCACUUGGGUCCACCCCUAGAACGCCUCAGUCUGCACGUGCUCCGGACACAAAAACUCGUUCCAGAACACGUGGAGACCAGGACCCUUUACAGCACCUUCCAGCCGAACCUCUCCCAGGGAAAGCUUCAGAUGUGGGUGGAUGUUUUCCCCAAAAGCAUUGGCGUCCCCGGACCUCCCUUUGACAUCACACCGCGCAAGGCUAAGAAGUAUUUCCUCCGUGCUGUUAUCUGGAACACCACUGAUGUCAUUUUAGACGAGACCAGCAUCACUGGAGAACACAUGAGUGACAUCUAUGUCAAGGGCUGGAUGCCAGGGAUGGAGGACGACAAGCAGAAGACCGAUGUCCACUACAGGUCCCUGGACGGAGAUGGCAACUUUAACUGGAGGUUCGUCUUUGGUUUCGAGUACCUGCCGGCCGAACAACUCUGCCUUGUGUCCAAGAAGGAACAUUUUUGGAGUCUUGAUAAAACUGAGUUCAGGAUUCCCCCCAGGUUAACUAUUCAGAUAUGGGACAAUGACAAGUUCUCACUGGAUGAUUACCUUGGCACAGUGGAGCUGGAUUUGCGUAACCUUGUUGCUCCCUCCAAGACCCCAGAGAAAUGUUCUCUCAAUAUGAUGGAUGUUCUGGAAGCUGGAGCCCCACACAAGACAGAUCAUGCAAAGUCUCUGUUUGCCCAGCAGUCGGUCAGAGGCUGGUGGCCCUGUUCCUUAGAACAGAAUGGGAAGAAGACCCUCGGUGGCAAAGUGGAGAUGACACUGGAGAUCGUAAAUGAGACAGAAGCAGACGAGAGACCGGCAGGAAAAGGCAGAGAAGAACCCAACAUGAACCCAAAACUGGACUUUCCCAAACGGCCAGAAACAUCCUUCUUCUGGUUCACCAACCCAUGCAAGACCAUGAAGUUCAUCGUAUGGAAAAGGUUCAGGUGUCUCUUCAUUUGCCUCAUCAUCCUCAUCAUAGUGGUUCUCUUCCUUGCCAUCCUGCUGUACUCGUUACCGAAUUACAUUUCAAUGAAGAUAGUGAAACCUCUGCAGUGACCCUUCAGUGGAUGAGCAGUGGAUCGGUGAAAGACUACCCACAUGAUCACAGUAACCCCAUCUUAUGUUCCUGUCUAGUUUUUUACAAAUGGGGAGGGGACAAGGUAUCACUUUAUCAUUGUAUUUUAAAGUAAGCUCCACACUGAUUUAUAGACUGGGCGUUGAUAUUUGAAGCCACCGAACCAAUACUUUUAUCACUAACAUUUGAGCAGGCACAAAAUAGAAACAUGACUGUAAAAGCUUUGGACACUGUGUUAAGAAGGUGUUAUUUCAGUUCUUCAGGGUUUGUUUGUGGUUCUUUUGUGUUCUUAGGAUUUACUCACACUUUGCUCUGUGGUCUACAACAGUUUUACACUGUUCGUAUAUGUGAACAACAAAACUAUUCUAUGCCCUAUCGUAUAAAUGUUCUAUUAGAAAGCUUCCAUUCUUCUUAUUACUCUACCGCGACAAUUGCACCCGUCCUGCUCGUCCUGUAUACUGGAGCCAGCCCCUGAUGCCACCGAGCAGCAGGCAGCCUGCACCCUUAGCAGGCUGACCUGCAGCCACACAGACAAAAGAUGUGCAAACUCUGCACAGAAGACUGCUAACUAAUGUUGUGAGUUGACUCUGCUCCCACUGCAGCACUUCGUCAAAAACUGUGGGAAAACCUGCCAAUCUCCAUGUAAACACUGUUAAGUCUUGUGUAACGUUUUCACGAACCUUUUAAAAUAAAUAAUAUCAAAUAUGA